AUGAAGAAAAAUCAUUUUGAAAAAUUAAAAAAAUUUUUAAAAAUUUUUAAAAAAUAUUUCCGCAGAUGUACAGCAGUUUAUGGCACUCCCACAAUGUUUAUUGAUAUGUUAGGCCACGAAGAGUACCCAUCUUUUGAUUAUUCCUCGAUCCAUUCUGGAAUAGUUGCUGGCGCUCCGUGUCCAGUAACUCUCUGUUCUCGACUUGUUAAUGAGUUGGGAAUGAAAAAUUUGCAGGUUGGUCACAUUAUGGAUCAUUUGGAAGCGGCUAUAGUCGAUGCGGAUGGAAAAAUCGUUCCGAGAGGGCAGAGGGGGGAUUUGCUUAUUCGAGGAUAUUCAUUAAUGUAUGGUUAUUGGGAUAAUGAGGAAGCAACACGUGCAGUUAUAGGGAAAGAUCGGUGGUAUAGGAGUGGUGAUAUCGGUGUCAUGAAUGAAAAUGGAACUGUUUCAAUCGUCGGUCGCUACAAGGAUAUGAUAAUACGUGGGGGUGAAAAUAUUUAUCCAACAGAAGUUGAACAAUUUAUUGAUAAACAUCCGGCGGUUGCUGAUGUGCAAGUUAUUGGAGUACCGGAUGAGCGGUUCGGGGAGGUUGUAUGUGCAUGGAUCCGACUGAAGAAUGGCGCUACCAUUACAGAAAGUGACAUUCGUGAAUAUUGUGCGGGGAAGAUUGCACACUAUAAAGUUCCAAAAUACAUUCUUUUCAAGGACAUAACCGACUUCCCAUUAACUGUGACUGGGAAGGUAAAGAAAUUUGAAAUGAGAGAAAUUUCAAAAAGAGAGCUUAAGCUGGAGAAUGUUAAAUCUCAUUUUAAUGAUGCAGGGAUGUAA